AUGAAUUUUGGUUACAGAAGGCGAAAUCUCUGGCUGAGGAAUCGACGGCGGAUACUAAUCGGGUUCUUUGUCCUUGGAGUGCUGGCUCUGCUUGGAAGUUACCUGACGCCGGGCAAGCGGAGAACAGAUCCCACGUUGCGACUUCCGAAUGAGCCGCUCAUCGUCAAGUUAUCUGGCUACGGCAGCUUCCAAGGGACGAGAGUGAUCAAGAACAGAAAGAAUAUCGUCUUCGAUGAACCUGUCAAUGCCUGGUUGGGCAUCGAGUAUUCGACGCAACCCGUUGGCAAGCAACGAUUCGGUGUUCCGGAAUGGCCGGAAGAGUUCAACGGAACGAGGAAUGCCACGCAGUAUGGGAAGGCGUGUAUGCAGAAUUGGGGCUGGAACCCGCAGCACCACACUGAAGCUUGCUUGACGUUCAACGUGUUUCGACCACAAGACAUCCCGCUCGACCAGAAGCUUCCGGUGUUCGUCUUCUUCCAUGGAGGUUCCUUCGUGGUUGGGGACGGCAAGAGUUUAGAUGGCGCAACCUUUGUAUCGAAAAGCAAAGCGCCACUCAUGGUAGUAACGGCACAAUACCGCUUGGGCGCUUUGGGAAGCUUGCCGAGCAAGCUAUUUGAAGAAGAGGGCUUGCUGAACCUAGGAAUGCGAGACCAGAGGCAACUGCUCGAGUUCCUUCAGAAGUACCUGACAGAUUUCGGGGGCGAUGCAGACCGCGUAACGAUAGGCGGCCAAAGCGCAGGAGCACACGCAGUCGGUCUCCAUCUGUUCCAUAACUACGGUGACACGGAAGGCAAGAAGCUCUUCAGUCAGGCGAUCAUCGCUUCAGGAGCACCAACCGCGCGAUCAUUUCCUGGACCUUCAUACGCACUCAACGAACGCUACUACGACGAGUUCAUGACCCAAGUUGGAUGUUCCACCAAGACGAACAGAACCAACGCCGGAUAUCUUAAAUGUCUUCGCGAAGUCCCGAUGCGCAAGCUACGUAUGGCUUCAGGGAAGAUCUACACCUCGUCAAAUUACAACAUCACAUGGCCAUGGCAGCCUAGCCAUCCAGGUCCCCUCCUAGAGAAGCCAGGCUCCCAAUCCGGCAUUGAUGGGACCUUCUUCAAGAUCCCGCUCCUCAUUACCUCGGUGACAGACGAGGGCAAGAUGUUCGCACCUAAGGAUCUCCAGUCGAACACCCAGUUCGUAGACUUCUUGGCGAACCUGCUACCCGGCCUUACCCAAUCCGAUCUCGCCGAGCUGGAAGCCCUCUACCCCGACCCAAGUGGUGGUAAAGGACCGUACGCGGAUCAUGUAGGCAGGUUCGUCAGCACGCAGUUCGAACGCAUCAGCGCCGCCUAUGGUGAUUACUCGUACAUCUGCCCAGUGCAAGAAACUGCGCAUCGACUCGCCGUUGCCGGCGCUCCCGUGUAUAAAGCACGGUUCAAUACACCCAACGGUGCGGCGCCACAUAUGGGCGUGCCACACGCGUCGGACCACGGCUACUUCAACGGGCAUGUGAAUACGCAGUUUCCCGAGAUCGCCGAGAUCUACCACAGCUACUACGCCAGCUUCGUCGUCAGCGGCGACCCGAAUACGCACAAGAGUGCAAAGGCGCCGAAGUGGGAUCGCUACUGGCAAGAAGGCAGUGCUCAGCUGGCUGUGUCGAACGCAGAGAGGGGUGGCGUGGCCAUGGAAGAAGAGAGAAAGGGCAUUCGAAUGCAAGAGUGCAAGUGGUGGAGAGAUGAGGAGCGGAUGAAGAGGCUUAACAAAUGA